UCAAAGGUUAAGAAAUUAUUAAAAAAGUUAAGAAAUUGAAUUAAAAAUGAUGAAUCGGAUGCUUGACAGGGCGGACGAGACAGAUGCAGAGGUUAAUUGGGAAGAUCAGUGCAAAAUCAAUACGUUUAGCAAGUUAAACCAGCGUUUACAGUAUAGAAAAGGGUAUUUAAAGGAGAAAAAACUUGAAAAAGAGAGUAUUGAGGAUAUAACGGAGGAACUUGAAUUAAUGGAUGGAGGGAGUUUUUUUUAUAAAAUAGGAGAUGCAUUUGUUAUGUUACCGAUGGAAGAGGUAGAGGAGAGAUUGGAGAAGAAUUUAAGUGAAGUGGAUAAAAAUGUGGAAGAAUUAGAGAAGGAAAUAUCAGAAUUAGAUUGUUCUAUGGAGGAAUUAAAAUCAGAUCUUUAUAAGAAAUUUGGAAAGGCCAUUAAUCUUGAAACAUAAGGAAUUUUAUAUUAAAAAGGUUGUUAAUACGAGAAUAAAUGGAGUA